UCUCCCAUCCAAUUCUCUCUCUCUUCCUUCAAUUCAUCUCUCUGUCUAUAAUCAUUUGUGCCUAUCUACUAUACACAGUUAGAGUUACAGUUACCACCGCCCUCCUCUCUUCUGCCAAUUCAACCCGGCCUAGCUUUUAAAUAAUCCCCCAGCCAGGCCAACUCACUUCGAAUUCAUCCAUCACAAUAUUCACUCUUCAACCUCCCUCCAUAUAUCUCUGACAACAACAAAACCCCCUUUUUCCCAAUUAUCGUAUCAUCAUAUCGUAUAGUAGGUAGCUAGGUUACUAUAUAUACUACUUAACUAGGUUUGUAAGUUACGUUGUUCCGGCUACCUGAGACAAGCUCAGCUAAGCUAAGCUAAGAUAAGGUGAUCAUAUAUAUAAUGUCUAGCCGUAGAUCAUCAUCGCGUUCCAGACAGUCGUCGGAUGGAGUGUCCAGAAUAAGCGAGGAUCAGAUCGCCGACCUCGUCUCCAAGCUCCAACGACUUAUCCCUGAGAUCCGCAACAGAAGUUCCGACAAGGCGUCGGCAUCAAAGGUUUUACAAGAGACAUGCAACUAUAUAAGAAGGCUGCACAGAGAAGUGGAUGACUUGAGCGAAAGAUUAUCGGAGCUUUUGGAAUCGACGGACAGCGAUAGUGCUCAAGCUGCUAUUAUCAGAAGCUUACUCAUGUGAUCCAUUUUAUUACUUAAUUAUAUAUGCAUCACAUGUGGUCACAACCCUAAGUAACUCAUCUAUUAUAUAUAUAUUAAUUAAUAUUAAUGUACUCUACUAGUCUACUCUUAUAUAUUUAGCUGCAUGCAACUACCUCAACUCUCCAUCUACUUAUUGUACUUUGUAAUCAUUUUUAUUUAAUUUAUGUCCAUUUUUAAUUUA